CGGCUGCGGCGCCGAGUCUCAGACACGCCGGUCGUCGGUGGACGCUGCCUGGCUGGCGGCUCUGGACAUGGCGGAAGCGGCCCCGCAAGAGGAGGACCGCAGACCCAUCCGGAGAGUCCGUUCCAAGAGUGACACGCCUUACAUCAAUGAAGCGAGAAUCUCUUUGCACCUGGAGACAGCUGAAGAAGUUGAGCGCCUAGCAGCAAUGCGUUCUGAUUCGCUGGUACCUGGUACACACACACCUCCAAUUAGGCGAAGAAGUAAAUUUGCCACCCUGGGGCGUCUCUUUAAACCUUGGAAAUGGAGAAAGAAGAAGAGUGAAAAGUUCAAGCAGACCUCUGCUGUGCUGGAAAGGAAAAUGUCUACACGACAAAGCAGAGAAGAGCUCAUCAAGAAAGGAGUACUGAAGGACGUUUACGAGAAAGACAUCUCACCCACAUCUUCACAGGAAGAGGAGAAGCUGCAGAAUGGCAGUUCUCCUGUGCUUGAAUGCAGCUUGUCAGAAUCAGAAGGCGCUGAGCCGAUGGAAGGAGCAGCAGCAACAGGAGAGUUUGAGAUCCCAAGUGAGGGCACAAGUCAACAGGACCACACCCAUAAAUUAAUCCAGGCUCCACCUACAAAGAAGCCUUCAUUAUAUUCAGGGGAUGAUGCUGAAUCAACACUCCUCAGACGUCCCGUGGUACACAAGCAACCACCUGCGCUACCACCCAAACCUUUCACCAGGAUACCAAAUCACAGCACAGAUGGCACCCCGGUAAAGUUGCCGUGCAUGUCGGUGAAGUUAUCUCCGCCUCUACCUCCAAAGAAGCUCAUGAUCUCCGUACCUGCAGGGAGUAUGGAACCCUCUUUACUCGCCUUCCAGAAGUGCUCCGCCCCUCCCAGCCAAGUUCCUGUCGGCGGGCACUCCAUACAAUAUGGGACGCUUCCUGUUUCUCUUCAUCCGCCCAGCCGAAUCAUUGAGGAACUCAACAAGACCUUGGCCCUAACCAUGCAGAGGUUUGAGAGUUCUGUAAUGCGUGCUGUUCCCACACUGAUGAUCGAAUGUGACGACAAAGAGAAUCUCCCCAAUGAGGCAGAUUGUGAGGAUCUACCUGUUAUGUACGGGGAUGAUGAAGAAGAGCUAGAAGAAGAAGAGGAAGAACUGGAUGAAGAGGAGGAUGAAGAAGAGGAAGAUGAAACCAUGUUCAUAAGCACACUGGCCCUGAAGGUGUUACGAAAAGACUCUCUGGCCAUCAAACUGAGUAACCGUCCAUCAAAGAGAGAGCUGGAGGAGAAGAACAUUCUACCACUGCAGUCAGAUCAGGAGAGAUUUGAGUCCAGGCAGCAAACCGCAACCAAACUCACCAGACGACUGAGUCAACGUCCAACUGCAGAGGAACUGGAACAGAGGAACAUCCUGAAACCACGAAAUGAUUUUGAGGAGCAAGAAGAGAAGCGGGAGAUCAAGAGACAUUUAUCCAAAAAGCUCAGCCAGAGGCCCACAGUGGAGGAGCUGAGAGAAGCAAAGAUCCUCAUCCGGUUUAGUGACUACGUGGAGGUCGCUGAGGCUCAGGACUAUGACAGAAGGGCUGACAAGCCCUGGACUAGAUUAACAGCUGUGGACAAGGCUGCCAUAAGGAAAGAACUGAAUGAGUUUAAAAGCACAGAGAUGGAGGUGCAUGAGUCGAGUCGUCACUUAACUAGGUUUCAUAGGCCAUAAACUGAAGUGGGAACUUGGUUGUAUUUCUAUUCUUACAUACUAUAAGUGAACACUGUCCAGACUGCUCGAUGCUGCCCUUCUAUUCCGGAACACCUCUAUGGUGAUGGCAUACCACAGGCAGGCUGCCAAAAGACUAUACACCUGUCAACUCGGGAUUGGCAUCUUUUUUCAGUGGAGAUUUCAGAUUUGGAAAAAAAAAAAGUUUUUUUAUGAUAGUGAACUUUGCACCUUUGUUUCUGAAGAAGUUAUUUCAAGUCCAAUGCCAAUUUUGAUGAGUUUGAGGAGGAAGGCUGAACAUAAAAACAUGAAUGAAAAAAUCAAUAUACUGUACAUAUAAAUGAUUGCCAUGAUGGGCAUCUGGCUAUUUCGUCACUAUGUCCUAUGGUUUUGUUCAGGUCACAAAAGUAUUUCAACUAACCCAGAGAUGAUUCUUUUCGAACAAGUGUUGCACCGUGUUGGGAAUUGGAUACUGGACAUGAAAGCUAUACAGUGAAACUCUGUUUGACUAUUGUGACCUUUAUUAAGAAAGGUCAAUGUUUCUUGACCUUUUUAUUGCUUCCAACUGAGUUAAACGCUCACCCCUUGCCCUGUUCUCCCAGAAUGUCUCCAAAUUAAUCAGUGAACAAAGCAAUAAUCACAGAUUCUCAUUUAUUUGUUUGUAUGUUGAUACAGUGGUACCUCGGUUAACGUCCGCCCCAGUUUGCCCAUUUUGUGGUUAAUAUUCAAAUUUUUUGCCAAAAUGUUGCCUUUGCACACUGUUUUAGAGUCCUAAACACCAGUUGUUUACGCCGUCAUCUUGGAUCAUGCCCCAAAUCUCGCAAUAAAUAUACGCACCAUUUUAGGACAACAGCGUUUGUUUAUAUCAGAGUUGUAGAAAGACGUACACGUUACAUGAUGUAAACACGUGGACCUAACAAAAGAGAAAGGCAAUGGACGUGCUGAGACAAGGGUGAAAGACACCUGAAUUUUACGGCUUAAAGACACGACCGUUGUCAUUUCAUAGGUAUGUAAAUGUGACUGAAUGGCCCGCCACCGGCUGCGGUGUACAUAAAGUACAUCUACUCCAGUCCAUCAAACCCAGCUGUGCAUCAAGGGUGUUUCUGCCCAUUUAAUUUUACAUCCAUAGCUCUCCUGUGAUUCCAACAAAACAUAAGCAUUCAAACCUACUCACCAGACACCUUACUUGCCAGCACACUAAACACGGCAAGUUAGAUUUAGUUUUGAUAUUUAGUUUUAUAUAUUAAUUUCAUUCAUUCAUUUUCUACCGCUUAUUGAUAGUUUUAUGGGUGUUUUUCCAACAAAACUGUGUAAAAGUGACGUUACAUGCUCAGUUAAUUAAUUUUGUACAUUUAAAACUACAAUGAUUAUCUACAAAAUAUGUUUUGUGUUCACAUUUUUGGCUGUCUGGAACAGAUUAAUUGGAUUUACAUUAUUUUGUAUGGGAAAAUUCGCUUUGGUUUGCGUCAGACCGUCUAGAACAGAUUAAUGACGUUAACCAAGGCACCAAUAUAAUCUCCUUGCAGAGUCUAGUUUCCCAAUGAUCAAAGCAAAGUUUGAAUGCAUCUCAGAUUGCCGGCUGUUGACAGUUCAGUAACCCUCUGGUUCACUGUGCCUCUACAGCCACAUUUACAGGGAUUUCUCCAUGUUUCAUUUGAUACACUAUUUGUAGACACAUACUUAUGUCAAUGAUCAAUAUGAAACACUUACUAUGAUUUUACACAUUAGUAACAUAGUAGUUCAACAUUUUUGUCUGCGUUUCUAAAACCAGGUUGUUGAAGUAGUAAGUACCUACAGUAAGUAGUACCAACAGUAGCCAAACUAUUAGACAAAACAAUGAUUUAUUUGUUAACUAUUAGCAUGUAGUCUGUUAAAGGAGGGCGUGUCUCUAUGCAACUCUAAGCGGAGGCAAAAAAGUGAGGGGGCUGAAACCUCCCCUGACCAAUCGCAAGGAGUAAGCAUAGUGGCGGCAGGAGGCUGCUGAAUUCGAGCAUGUCAGCCAAGAGAAGUGUGUAAAAUUUACCCUGUACACAACUUGAGAUUUAUGAAAUAAAUUUAUUGAAAUAAAUUUACUGUAGUGUCCUACUGAGAGCCACUAUCAUUUUAUCUCCCUGAAAAGAGCAGGAUAAAAUCCCUUUAAAGCUUAAAAUAAUAACUGCCUAUUGUUUGCAAAUUUUUGAAAACCAAUCACCAGUUUGUCAAAAUUGCUGUUUUUAUUAAGUGUAUAUUGUUUACAGUCAAUUCAGAAUCAUUCGUCACUUGUGAUUUCAUUAAAUGAGAACAGAUGGAUGUUUUUGUGUAUGAAAUUGUGUGAGUGUGUGUGUGUUUAUGGGCAAUCGUGAGUAAUUCUACUUGCUUGCAUGUACAGAAUUAUACUUGUAAAUAAAGAAAGUAAAUUACUUUCAAAUGUUUUUGCAAAAAAAAGAACAAAUGCAUGUGAGUAUUAUUUAUUGUGAGUCUUCAAUGAUGUAUGUUUUUUAAAGAAAAAAAAUGGUUGCCUGUUUGUCUUUUUGAAACACUCACACUUACCGCUCUAUGAGACAUGUCUUCUUCUGAAGUCGCUCCCAAUGUUCAAGUCCGUUAAAAUGAUUCCUCAUUUUAUCCAACAGUUUUUGUGCAGUCAUGAACUGUCCAGUUGGGAGCUUCUUAUCAGAGUCAAGUGAAUUGCUGUUGCAUCAUGGGAAGGCAAUAAUCGGAAUUCCUCACAGGUUACAUGGCAUGCAUUGGGGUGCCACAAUAUUUGUGCCAUAGAUCAAUUGCUUUAGUCACAAUUGCAUCCGUGUUCUCCUGCGGCAUCUG